GUUUUCCUUUUUCGUAAUGCAAUGUGGGGGUCAAAAUUACAUCUACUUGCUUAUAUAAGUACCUUUUCGUUUCUAUAAUCUUCAAUUCCUCCAGUGAUAUAUUCUGAAAAUUGCAGGCGGGACCUGCUUUUCCCGAGUGAGCUUUGAUAGCGCUCCGAAUAUUCUUCCACGCCCAAUUAGAAUCGCAUUUCUUACGUUCACUUCAUGUACUACGUCAAAACAAGGACUCGUUUCUAUUCCGACAGCUCACUCCCCACUCCAUGUCUAUCGUUAUCUGACAGCAGAGGACAUCGUCCAAAGUCUGGGGUCCUUGAAACAGCCAUCAAAGCUCCGCAUAGUCAACAACCUCUGGCUACAACCCCACAGCCCGAUUUUCGCACUUAUGGACGAGGAUGUGCAGGUUCUCGACAUUCCACAGUCAAGCCCACCAAAAGCGAGCUCGAUACGAAGGAAAAGUCCAAAUUUCCAGGCUUCACGUUUCCAGCUAAGUGGCGGCGUAAAGUCUCCACUUCAGAGCCCAUCGGUCUCGGCUUUUAUGACAUGCCCUGGUGUGGCCCAUCUCCGUCACCUCAAUCUUCUCUGUCGCCCUCGCCCUCCUCUCCUGCAGCACCUAUUCGCUGGCCUUUCGGCAAGAGUACCAUGUUUGCGCAGCGAAAUCUAUUUCUAGCCAGCAUCUGGAAGAAGAAUUUGAAGAGGAUGGGGACAUCCAAUGCUAAUUCAUUUAUUUCUGUUACUCGUUCAACGUUGUCAUCGUCAGCGUCUUCACUUGUUUCCCUAUCGCGUCACGAAGCAGGUGAUGAUUCCGCGAACGAGAUGUACGCCGAAUCUUUUGAAUUCUGUUUGGAACCCCCUGGAAACCCACCUUUUGUGUCCUACACUGUAGAGAGAGUGGUUAUUUGUCGGGAGGCCGGUGCAGCAUCUGAAGAUACAAGUUUGGAAAAUGAGUCGCCUACAACUCAGAUUACGAUUGUUGGGAUGGAUGGUGAAUGCGAUGUGUUGGAUGCUAUGAGAAAAUUGCGUAUUAGGUGACGAUGUAUGCUGUAGAAAGGAAUUUCAGUCGGCCCGACCCCCCGGGGGUGGGGGAGUAUGUGGUCAUAUUUG